AUCGGACCAAAAAUUCAAGCAAGAAAAAGGGCUAAGAUGUCCAAUCUUCACAGACCCGACCAAUUGCCAACAAUUCGACCAAUUCCUCAACCAUGAUGGAUGUACAACAACAAGAACAUCAAGCGCUGGGGGCUUCGGACCCGGAGCCCCAACCGGAGCACCGAGUGCGAAAGAGACGCCGAAGGACAGUGGCGUGCGUGCAGUGCCGUAGCAGAAAGCUCCGCUGCGAUAGAAAGCUUCCCAUGUGUAGCCGUUGUGAAGGCAGCAAAACACCUACCUAUUGUACCUAUGAGAAGGAAUUCCUUUGGCAACAACCCAAUACGGUGGUUACACCCGCGAUCCCCGAGCGCGGUCCCACCACUGUCGCCCAAGCCUCGCAUCUGGCUCGGACUCACCCUGCCCCAGACUCGGCGUUAAGCGGUUUAACUCGGUCGCAACCGACUACUUCAUCGGAUACGCGUCCCGCUCUAGAGAAGCGAGACCAUUUCUUGGAGACCGUCCUGGGUGCCCCCAAGGCCGCCGUCAAUCAAGAGCCGUACUUGACCACUGACCUGUUGCAGCAUUCGAAAUAUCAUAAUCAUCAUGUUGCCUCCGUAAACCAACAUGGGAUGCCCCCGUACCGCUACGGGGACGACGAGGACCCUGCCUCCCCCUCCCAACAGCUCGGUAUCUCCCCUAGAAUCAUGAUGCGAGGAAAAGAAACCAAGACCCGCUUCAAUGGGUCCGGUAUCUUCGCCAAUUUGAUCGCUCAGUUCCCAGAUAUUAAAUCGUUCGCGGAGGAGAUUCGCGUCGCCAGCCCGCAACUGUCCGCGCUGCGACCCGACCUCGCGAGAGUGAAGAGAGGCCUCUGGAAGCGGAAGCCUCUCAAUACCCCCUUCCCGGAACCCACGACGCUCUCACUCACCCAGAUGCUCCCGUCGCGCCGCGUAGUGGAUGACCUGGUGGUGUUGUAUCUGACCUAUUAUGAAGCCACGCACCGUGUUCUUCAUGUUCCGUCCUUUCUCAAAGAGCUCGAUGAAUUUUGGGCUCAAAGAGAUAACCCAGACUUUGUAUCCCCACACUUCGUGGUACAACUCCUUCUGGUUUUGGCCUGUGCGUGGAACCUGGCAGAUUUUGAGACACUUCAAAUAAAGAACGAUAACGAAUCCAAUUUGACAUGUUACACCGCAAUAGAAUGGGUCCUCCAUACCGAGAGGUGGAUCGAGAACUCCCACGUCAAGAGACCCGACAUUACAGCGUUUCGGCUCUAUAUCCUCCUGAUGAUUGCGAAGAAUGCGCAUGGAAUGAAGCGUAGUAAGGCCUGGCUUGAUACGGGGACCCUGAUCAAGCAAGCCAUGCUAGCAGGGUACCAUCGGGAUCCCAGCUUGUACACGAAGAUCUCGACCUUCAACAAGGAAAUGCGCCGGCGGAUAUGGACCACGAUCUUGGAGCUUGAUCUGGAAGUCUCCCUCGAGAGAGGGAUGCCUCCUUCGUUGCAAUAUGUAGACUAUGACACGGCUCCAGCACUCAAUCUAAACGAUAAUGAACUAACGGAGACCAUCGACGAACUUCCGUCGGAGAGGCCACUCAGUGAGAUGACCGAUACAUCGUUUCAAUCUGUCCUGAGAGAGUCCCUUGCUUUACGUCUCAAGGCUUGUAAAUUAAUGCAUUCGCCCCGGAUAAGCUGUCGCUAUGAAGAGAUCCUUCACAUGGACUGGGAGCUGAAUAGAUAUCUCUCGAAAAUCCCCUCCUGGACGGCAUCCGAAGGGGAAGACCUGCAAACUCAGCACAAAAGGAUUCUGAUAAAGUCUCUUUUGCAAACUAAGAUUGGUCACAGUCUUUUAUCUAUCCACACACCAUUUGCCAUUGAGACCCAAAAAGAACCCCUUUUUGCGCAAUCCUCACGGACUCGUCUAGAAGUGGCCACCAUGAUUUUGUCGACGCAGAGACGGCUGCAUGAGAUAUCGAGGCAGCUGUCUCUCUCGAUACUGGGUAAUUGGACCGUGCAGGCUUACUGCUCAGUAUGCCAGUUACUCCACGCGGGGACUAACAGUCAAGCUUCUUCUCUAAUGUCUCUACCCCAGACACUCCCGGGCAUGCCAGAAUCCUUGAUAACGUCAGUGGAGAUGACCUUAACCUGUCUGGAAGCACAUCUCCUCCUGGUGGUGAAAGGUGCUAAGGAAUACUUCUUCAUGUCGACCAUCUUGGCUUUGGCCAAGGCUAGAUUAUGGCCUGGCCAGGCAAAUGUCUACAAGCAGGAGGUAGUGGAUCGAGUGAUCUUUUUCGCUCAAACUCUUUUCACGCGCCACGCCAACUGCGAUCAUCUAGGGGAUCUGGGAAUGGGCAGUUUCAAGACCAAUCAAGUCCCAGUCUUGAAUCCAGACUCGGGAAUGGCACAGCCUUUCGUACCUAAUAUGAAUAUGCUACAAACGACAGAUUUUGGCAUUACGCCGUCUGGAGAACUAGACCCUUUCCUUGAUGCAUUUGACUGGGGAGAUCUAACGGGGAUUACGUUUGAGGGAUACUAAUACACUAGGUAUACCAGUAGGAAAGCCCAGCAAUGAAAAUGUAGCAGACACGCCAUCUGAUCCGCUUUUGGCUAUUUACAUGAUGCCUUAAUAGUGACUAACGCCAACCUACUUGAAGGUAAUGUUCGUGUGUACAUGACAUGGACCUUUUCGCAGAUCCAAGAAUAUAUAAGAAUGAGGUGUUCCGAUCUCAAAUCUGAUCGAAACC